AGAUACAAAAGAUUUUUUCUUAUUAUUUACUUAGCACUCCUGGGAGUAGCACAUAUUCUUCCAAAAACUACAAACCUUUUAGCCAUGGAUUCACCUAAAAAACCAACUGGGAUCGUAGAUAAAGCUGCAUUGUACGUUCCCACCAACAAUGACCGCUACCCACCGAUUCCAUUGCCAGCCCCUCCUUCGGCCAAUGGAUCGCAAACGGAAGAUUUGGCCCCCGAAGCUGCUCCACAAUUGGAAUCUGGAACGAUUAGCCAUGACCUAAUUGUGAAAAACAUAAUAUUUGAUGAUCAAACUAUCCGCAAGGGCUUUGUUCGCAAAGUCUUUGGCAUCCUCAUGGUCCAAUUACUCUUCACAUGUGCUGUGAUGGCCAUAUUUGUUUACCACGAGCCCACCAAGCUGUUUGUGCAGCAGAACUUCGUUGUCGUGUUUGUGGCCAUGAUCGUUAACCUUAUUGUCUUGAUAAUGAUCGUCUGUGUGGAGAGCGUAAGACGCAAGCAUCCCGUAAAUCUGAUUUGCCUGGCCAUCUUCACAUUCACCAUGUCAGUGCUCCUGGGAGCCACAUCGAGCCUAAUGGAUUCCAAUAUUGUUCUCGCAGCGGUGGCAAUUACUACGAUUCUGGUCACCGCACUCUGCAUCUACGCCGUGCAAACUAAAUACGAUUACACCGCCUGUGGUGGGCUGAUGAUUACCUUUGUGAUGAUCAUUGUCGUCCUGUCCGUUUGUAGUUUUUGGCUACCCGAAUUCGUAGAUAGCUUGCCAAUUUCCUGCUUAUGCGGCGCAAUCGGCUGCUUCUUCCUGAUCUACGACAUGCAGACCAUAGUCGGCGGCAAUCGUGCGGAACAAUUGGAUCCCGAGGAAUAUGUGUUCGCAGCUCUCACUCUGUACGUCGAUAUUGUUCGCAUAUUCAUUUAUGUACUUCGGAUUCUUGAGAAAGUUUAUUAGUCACACAGACUAUCCGCAGCGCCGGAGAGCAAGCUAUUGCAUUUGUACUCGUUGUUUACCUU